UAUUCUGCCAGUGUGGAAUUGACCUUCUAAAGAUAAACUCAAACAGGAAGGUCUGAUACAAAACUCAUCUGAGUGUGACUAGUCAACAAAGUAAGACAUAUCGUCCAGAACAAAAUGAGAAAUACUUUAUAACGUUUUAUCUUCUAUAGCUAAAUGUAACUUAUAGUUUUUCAAAAUGAUUAGACUUUUGUGGUUUCUUUGUCAAGUCCUUUUUCUUUUACACGUUUUAAGUGUUGUUUACUGUGAUUAUAAACCGUAUGACACACUCUACGAAGGACCCGCAGGGAGGAUAUAUGCAUACGACAACGUAACAUUAAGUCUCGUUUGCACUGAAAACGUUACUAUGUUAGAUGCGGUAAUACCACUAAACAAUACGUGGGUACCAAAAUUUAUGUCAGUUGGGUUUUGUACGCCUCCAGAAACUUCGUAUGUUGAAAUGCUACGUACAUUAAACAUAGACGCUUCAAAGAUUGAAAUUUUAACAUUGAUAUUCAAAUAUAAUUUGCCGUUGCGUCCUAGAAACUAUAUGCAAGGACUCAAAAUACGACAACUGGCUCUGAUCAUCUUUGAUGAAAUAGAAUCACGCGACAUUUUCCGUGAUGUUCCAGACUUUCUUGAACCGUUGUCAGAUGUAACAGAAAUUAAUUUAGAAGCCGUUUUGCUACCUGAACUGCCUGAAACGAUGCGCUUGAAAAGGAUGACUUUGCGAAACAACGCAGCGUUGAAAAGCUGGGGUAACUGUCGGCAUUUAGAAGAAUUGAGUAUCAGCGCGGUGGCUACCUUAGCGUUCCCAGUAUGGCCUGAAAAUUGCACCCGCCUUGAUAACUUGCAAAUUGACUACAUGUCGCCAAAAGCGGUACGGCAAGUGGAAGCCAGCAUGAUCGCAAGCGCAAAGAGCGUUCGCAAACUUAACGUGACCGACAGUCGAUUGCGAGAAUUGCCGAUCGAUUUUCUCCGCUUAGCAAAGAACCUUACUCAUCUCGACCUCUCUGACAACAACUUCUACGAUGAAUCCUUUUCGCAGUUUCCAGUGCUAGAAUCUCUGAAGUGGUUGGAUUUGAGCAGCAAUCCAGCUUCGGGGUAUUUCCUUGAGAAUGUGCUGCCAAACGUGCCGGCGCUUGAGGUACUAAGAUUGAACAACAAUGAUAACAUCCGAAUUUUUUGCCUCGACGAGGGCAGAUUAGAAAAAUCGUUACAAACUUCGAUAGGUAAAUUACAGCAACUGCCGUUAAAGCGUCUUUAUUUGAGUGCAACGAAUAUACAUUUAAGGUGCUUACGAAACACAAAUUUCCCAAAGUUGGAGUACAUUAAUUUGUACGGUACGAUAAGUCCUGAAAUGAGGUUGCUUGAUCUUCCGAAAUCCGAUGCGCCGGACCUGCAUGUAGAUUUCGGCUAUACCGCGAAUUCGAAUUUUGUAAAUAUUUAUUUCACGGUAGGAGACUACAAAGAAUUGAGUGAAAAAAACGCAAGAUUAUUGGAAACAAAUGCUACAAAUCGUCUAACAAUAUCGCUUAGAUACAUAAAAUGCGACUGCGAAAACGGUUGGCUGGUUCGCGCCCUACGGGACUUCCCCGACGUGUUGUCUAUGCCACAACUCCAUUGUGACCACGAGUGGGGGGUGGACGUCCUGGAUGAACCUGUGGACAACAUAGAAUGUACUACGUGGUACGAUCGGUACACACUUAACGAACAUAUGCGUCUUUACGGAUGUUUGUACAGAAUAAGAUGGCGCGACAACGCAUCCUAUGCAACCUGCAAGGAAGACCAAUAUCCAGUGUUCAACGACAGCGUCUACGGUCUCAACUCAUCCAAUAGCAAGCUUACACAACUUUACAACGAACUACCUGAUACUAUCCAGUGGGUGGAUUUGCGCCGCAACCGCAUAUCACGUGCGAACUGGACAGCGGCAUCGGCGCUGUUUGCGGCGGAACGGGAAGUGUGGUUGGGAGGCAACCUGAUUGUAUGUGACUGCGACAACCGAGCCUUGCUGGACGCCAUCGCCGAACAUCGUGCCCAGAUAAAAGACUACGAAGACCUGACAUGCGUCGAUAGCGAUAUACCACUCAGUGCUAUAUCCACCGCUGAACUGUGCCAAACAGCUCUGAAGCUCUCUGUAGGCAGUCUCGGAUUCAUGGCAGGAGUCGCCCUGAUUGCUGGGUUCUUCCUCAGAAAGUACGGCGAUGAGAUAAAGAUGUUCCUCUAUGCUCGUGGGUACUGCCUGUCGUGUGUUACGAAGCAGGAUCUUGAUGACAGGCCAUACGACGCGUUUUUAUCAUAUGCGCAUGCAGACGAAGAGUACGUUAAGACGCACCUCCUCCCCGGCUUGGAGAGCACAAAGUACCGCGUGUGCGUGCACCACCGGGACUGGGUGGUCGGCGACUGGAUUCCAGCGCAGAUCAUGCGCUCCGUCAGCCUCGCUCGCCGCACCAUCAUACUGCUAUCCACCAACUUCGUCAAGUCCAUGUGGAGCUCGCUCGAAUUCAGGUACGCAACAGCAAACGCAGCAAAGGACCAACGUUGUCGCGUGCUCGUGCUGGUUUUAGACAACGUGUUAGAAGAACCGUUGGACCCGGAACUGGUGUCAUACCUCUACUACAACACUUACUUACGCUGCGACGACCCGUGGUUCUGGGAGAAACUGCGCUACGCUAUGCCGCAUAAGUCGAAUAAAAACAGAAACGAGAAGCGAAGCCAAAAAGACGCGCAAACGCAGGACUACGAAAUGAGAGCGAGACAAGAAGGGGUCAAUAUGGACAUUUUACAUAGUGGUGAUUCUGCAAAUGCUAUGAUUACUCAGCCAAAUCAAAUAGUCAUGACAUAAUAAAUAAAUAAAAAUUAA